AUGGCGACAGACGACCACGACCACCAGCACCGCGCGGGCGGCUACCCGCAGACGUCUGACGAGAAGCAUGUCGUUUCCGCCGCCGAAAAUACCCACCGGGACUCGGUCGCCAAGCCCGGCGCCUUGGCUGCCGAUGCGGAGCUCGUCGAAGCCAUCCGCGCUGAGAACCAGCUCACCUUCGGUCAAGCCCUGCGCCUAUACCCCAAAGCCAUCGGCUGGUCGGCUUUCGUGAGCAUGGGAGUUAUUAUGCUGGCUUUUGACCCGCAACUUAUUGGCAAUCUGUAUGCGACGCCGCAGUUUCAGCGGGACUUUGGAUACGAGUUUGAGGGCGAGUAUGUCAUUGAUGCCUCUUGGCAGACAGGGCUUUCAAUGGGGAACCCCAUAGGCCAAGUGGUCGGCGCCUUGUUCGCCGCGUAUCCCAUGGAAUGGUUUGGUCGAAAACGCACAUUUGCCGCGUGCGUUGUUCUCACGGCCGGGCUCGUGUUUAUCCAGUUCUUUGCCCGCUCCCUCAGCGUUCUCCUAGCAGGCGAGCUUCUGGCAGGCCUAGUUCUUGGUCAGUUCGUGGUCAUUGCACCGGCGUACGCCUCGGAAGUGUGUCCGACAGCUGUUAGAGGACAUCUAACAGCAUAUGUCAACUUGUGCUUUGUGGCUGGGCAACUUCUGGGAAACGGAGUCUGCAACGGCACGUCCAAGCUCGAGAACCACUGGGCCUACUCGAUUCCUUUCGCUCUGCAGUGGUUCUGGAUCGCCGUUAUCAUCCCGGGCAUGUUCUUCGUCCCUGAAAGCCCCUGGUGGCUUGUCCGCAAGGGCCGCAUGGAAGACGCCGAGGCGUCGUUGCGCCGGCUAGCCUCCAGCAAAGUAAAUGUUACUGCGACUCUUGCCUUUAUUGUCGAGACGGAUCGCCUGGAACAAGAGCUGGAGGCGGGCAGCACGUACAUGGACUGCUUCAAGAAGGUCAACCUUCGCCGGACGGAGAUCUCAAUUGGCGUCUACUGCGCGCAGGUAUUGAGUGGGAUUUACCUGAUCAAUUACGGCACGUACUUUUUCCAGCAGGCCGGUUUGCCGACGGACGAGGCCUUUAACAUGGCGGUGGGCUUCUUGGCGGUUGGGUUUGUUGGAACACUCGUGUCCUGGGGACUCAUGGUCCGCAUCGGGCGUCGAGUGCUCUUUGUCUGGGGCCUCGCCAUGCUCACCUUCUUGCAACUGCUGAUCGGCAUCCUCGACUGUGUGCCAGGCCGUCCCUCUGGCGCCAUCUGGGCCGAGUCGAUCUUGAUGUUGGUGUGGAACUUCUUUUACGACAUCUCCAUCGGUCCCAUCUGCUUUGUGCUCCUUUCAGAGUGCUCCGCCACACGCGUGCGCUCCAAGUCCAUUGCCAUUGCCACGGCAGCCCAGGCAUUAUUGGGAAUCGUCAUGACCGUGGCUAUCCCAUACCUUGAGAACCCCACGGAAGCCAACAUCCAAGGAAAGCUUGGCUUCUUCUUUGGCGGAUUGGCCGGUUUGUGCCUGGUGUGGUCGUAUUUCCGAGUGCCGGAGACGAUGGGCAGGUCCUACGAGGAACUCGACCUGCUCUUCGAUCACGGCGUGUCGGCGAGGAAGUUCAAGGGCUAUAGGCUGGAAGGGGCCAUCUCUUCUUCCAACAACGAAGAGGAGAGGCUGACCAAGGGAGCGUAG